AAAGAGAAUUCUAAUCCGAAUAGAAUGACCUGAACAAGGAAGGAGAAGGAGAAGCAUGGAAGCUGAUGUUUCGAUCCAUACAACAAUACUUGUAAACCAUAUACCGUCGGAGCAGUUCUAUCUGCCAUGAGCCACUGCUCCCCUCCACCCCAUCAAUCCAACUAGUGGGUUUAAUCAGUGAUGAUAGGUAGAAGAAAUCAAGAAGCAACCCGAGAUGGAUAACUGAGGAUUUGGAGGGUUUGGUUUGACUUUUGACAGGUCCAAUUUUUUCGUGCUUUUUCGAUUGUGUGCGAUUUUUUAUAUUUACUUUCUCUUCGCAACCGAUAAUGACCUGCAUGGCUAUGGGAAGUAUCAGAACGGGUCAAUAUGUAGGGAGAUUGGUAUGUUAUCUCCCUCUAUUGUAUGUUAUUUUGUGUCUAAUGGUUCCAACGGUGACUGCGAAUGUGGUGUUGAUUGGGGACAAUAUAAUUCGGUCGUUUGAUGACAUCGAAGCGAACUUUGCUCCUACCGUCAAAGGAUCAGGAGAGAGUGGGACCUUAUAUAUGGCUGAACCCCUUGAUGCUUGCUCACCAUUGACUAAUAAGAUUGACACAGGCCGAGGUGCAAAUGCUUCAUUCGCAUUGAUUAUUAGAAGUGGAUGUACCUUCGAGGAUAAAGUUAGAUUUGCACAAGCUGCAGGGUUCAAAGCAGCGAUUAUUUACGACAAUGAUAAUGGUGCUUUGGUUGCAAUGGCAGGGAGUUCUGCAGGUAUCAAAAUACAUGCUGUGUUUAUCUCCAAAGCCUCAGGUGAAGCACUUAAAAUGUAUGCUGGCCUUCCCAACAUGGAGCUGUGGAUUAUCCCUACCUUCGAAAACUCAGCAUGGUCAAUCAUGGUCAUUUCUUUUGUCUCUCUUCUAGCUAUGUCCAUUGUGCUGGCUACCUGUUUCUUCGUUCGCAGACGCCGUGUGAGACGAAAUCAGUCUCAAGCUCCACGUCUUCGGGAGUUCCACGGCAUGAGCAGCCGUUUAGUGAAAGCCAUGCCUAGCCUAAUAUUCACGUCCGUUUUAGAAGAUAACUGUACUUCAAUGACGUGUGCCAUAUGCCUUGAGGAUUAUAGUGUUGGAGACAAGCUCAGAGUACUACCAUGCCGUCACAAGUUCCAUGCUGCGUGCGUAGAUUCUUGGCUUACUACAUGGCGGACAUUUUGCCCUGUCUGCAAGCGUGAUGCUAGGACAAGCACAGGUCAGUUUCCAGCAUCAGAGCGCACCCCAUUGCUUUCACCGGCAGCCUCCUCUUUGGGAUUGUCAUCUGCUGGAUCAUCAUUUGCAUCAUCAUCUUCAGCCAUACAAAUAGACCCAGCAUUGUCGAGGUCCUCCUCUAUAUCUCGUGUUCGCUCCCUUGCUGGUACUCCCUUGCCUCAGUCUCUUAGGUCCUAUGGCAACUCACCUGCCCUCUGCCCAAGCAGAAGCUCAGUAGAUCUUAGGAAUGCAUCUUCCCAAAGAUCUCGUGCUUCCCACCUAGCCUCACCCCACUCCAUGGGCUACCCUUCAUUUUCACCACUGAGCUCAAGAUAUAUGUCAACUUAUGUUCCAAGUCCGACCAAUGCCUCGCCAAGUUAUCUUGGGUCAUCCAGUCGGCAGCCUAAUAUGCUGCAUUGUAGUGAAUCAGCAGCAAGUUUUUCUCCAUUUGCCUCUGCUCAGUCUCUUCCAGGUUGUUGAUAUGAAGCACCAAUACUAAAUGGAGAAUUUGAUUUGUUAUGAAGACUAAUGAACUGAUCGUGCUGACUUGUAAUGAAGAUUCAUGUGCAGUUGAUGUUGCCCCAAUCAUGCCAACCUCUGAAGCAACAGUCAAUGCAUGUAUAUUUCCUUGGGUUGUGAUAGGUUAAUGGCCUAUGGUGGCUUUUCGUGCUCAAGUGAUGAUUGGUGCCCUUCCGACACAAAGGAACAGGUGUAAAUUGUAACAUAAGAUUGCAUAAUUUUUCUGGAAUUUGUGCAAGUUUUCUUGCCCUGAGUGAUUCUU